AUGGUCGUCUAUUUCUCCUCCGUCGACCUGCCCUCCCUCUUCCUCCUUUUUGCCGCUAUUCCACAUGUUGUUUUUGCAUUGAACAAUGUUACCAUCUCCCAUACCUCUUCCAGCAUCGACUACAAACCCAAUUCAAGCGUAUGGCUUUCAUCUGACAGUACACUCGAUUACUCCGAAUCACACACCACAACUACCACCAAAGGUGCUUCGGCCAGCUUUACCUUUACAGGUGUCGCAAUAUAUUACGCGGCUGCUUCGUGGCCAUACCCUGUCAGUGCAAACAUCAGUAUCGAUGGAGGCUCGGGCACAUUUGUGGACUUGCAUGACUAUCAGAGCGCUCAGACAAAUGGAGGAUCAGCGUCGGCAAGUGCGACAAUACAUUGGUUUCGAACAGGGUUGAGCAAUACGUCUCAUACUAUCGUUGUAUCUCUUGCCAAAAAUGCUACGUAUGCCGUUCUAGACGCUUUCAUAUAUACUAUCGACGACGGCGACAGUGAUGCGCCAGAUGAUGGUCACACGAUAUGGCCAAUAAUUUUAGGGUGCGUUCUGGGCGGUCUUGUUCUCGUUGGCGCUAUCAUUGGGCUUGUCUUUGUGUAUCGUCGUCGACAAAAGAAGAACGGAAAACCGAUAUGGGACACGCCUGUUCUUGACAAUCUGAUGACACCACUCGUAGCCACCCAGGCAUCUGAAAUACAUCCCUUGGUAGCCUCUGACUUCGGCGACCCCCAUGCCAAUAACCCUUCAAGCUCGUCCGGUAUACGUUCACAGACCUUGGACUCAUCAUUUUCCACGGAUUCUUUACAAGAUGGGAAAUAUUCCGACUAUGUGUCAGCUCCACAACUCCAGUUCGUGGAGGGAAGUAGUCGUUCUGGCGUAGGAUCGACAAUAGUCACAGCAUAUCCGGAUGAAAAGAAGGUGAUCAAGUCGGACGUGAUCCUCGGUGUCGCGAAUCCUGAGACGGAGGAGCUACCCCCACCUGCUUAUAGCGAACACCACGAACAUUAA